AUGACGGUAGCAUCGCUGGCGCUAUCGGCGCAGCCGCCGCAGCCAGCUGAUCAUUUGGUGCCGCCACCAGCACCACCCGGAUCACCAGCAGUAUCAGUACCGCUACCCGUUGCGCAGCGUCUCACACAUGCGGGCUACCCGGCUCUGGCGACGUCUCCGGCUGCGGCACAAGAUGGUGGCGGUGGUGGUUUCAUGACACGCGUGGCACGUUGGUUUGGCCUGGGAGGUGCAACUGCAGCUGCAUCCUUGCCCCGGGAUCAGCAACUGAGCGCCAGUUCGUUGAACUAUGCGUAUCCUAAGCCGGCGCAGCACUUUGAUGCCGCUGGCAAACCGUGCGGCCUGUGCAACAAAUAUCCCUGGGUACCCAUGCUGGGUCAGCAGCAGCAACAACAACAGUUGCCACAUCAGCAGCAACAUAUUUUAACCUGGCAACAGCCUUUGGGGCAGGCGUCUCAGCAUCGACAGCGUGCUGUGCAGUUCCAUGCACCGCCACAGAGCAUCUUUGUGCCCAUCUCGGCGCCGGUGCCGGGACUCAGUCAUGUGGCGAUGCCACCACUCUAUAGGGCACAACCAUUUCGACCGCUCGCAGAGAAUGUUGGCGCCCUUUCGGAGCUGCGACCGGUGCCCGUUGUGCCAACAGCAACAUCAAAUGCACCACAAUCCGCUCGACCAUUUAAGCCAGCUGAAAGCAGCAGCAGCAGCAGCAGCAGCAGCAGCAGCUUUGAGAUUGUGCAGAGCCAUCAGUUGACGGAUUUUGUUACGUCCGUAGAAUAUCCGGCUACGUAUGUGCAGUCGCAUGCCAUUGAUCUCGGCCAGACAUCGGUGGCAACAUCGCUGCCCACAAAUCAUCAUUCCCAACAGCAGCUGCAGCUGCAGCAGCAGCAGCCAUCGGAACCAGUGCCUCCGCUGGACAUUAGCACGGUGCGCUAUCAACUGGAGGAUUUGAGCGGUGGUUCAGUGCAUCAGCAUUUGCCUGCCUCGCAGCUCCUCACCGAACUGGGUCACCUGGAGGCACAGACUACAGUGAUACCGCCGGCAGAUAACUAUCCCGCGGCAUCCUCGCAGCAGCAACAACAGCACGAACAGGAUCAGGAGCAGGAGCACCAGCACUUGUACUAUGCGGAACAGUAUCAGGAGCUGUCCAGUGAAACUAGCACAGUGACGCCGCUGUACGAUCAGCUAAUCUACACCACGGAGCAACCGACGCCAGCCGCCGCCGUUGAGCUGAACAAUCAUUUGAUGGUCUCCACCCAUACGCGAGAUGGUCGGCAACGGGACACACCCAAACGUCUGCUCGAUUCGCCCAUCAAUCACGCGCAGAGCGGCGCACGUCCAUUUACCCGAGAUCCCUCCGAUCUCCACAUCCGUCCGGUGCAGCCGACGCGUGAGCCAACGCCAACAUCGACCUACGGUGCCAUUGAUGCCAGUGGACAAUAUGCUGGCAUGUCGCCACCAGGACCUCAGCAGGUGAUCAUACCAUAUACGACGAAACAGAAGCCGCGACCCUUCGAGCCAGCCAAAUGGACACAAAUGCCCAAUUGGCGCUUGCAUGCCACCCAGCAGCACCAACAGCAGCAUCAGCAGCAGCAUCAGCAGGACAACGAUGUGGAGCUACACGAGCAGCAAGAGUCAAAGGUGGUGAGCACGGCGACAGCGGCACCGCCACCAAAUACCCGGCGCACCACCAAAUAUUUAACUAAAAUACUCGCCUCCAAUCUGCGCGAGCUGCUAAAGCGGGAGCGAGAGACAAAACGGCGUCCCAUGAUGCCAUUCUUUGGUGUGGACAUCUCGAAGCUGCAGCAUAACAUCGAUGGAUGGACGGAGCAGGAGUACAACUCCUUGUCGCAUCGUCCCAGCACACCAACCAUACGUGGCCGUUCCAAGCAUAUACCCAGCGAAUAUCUGACUACAACGACGCCCGCUACACCAACUGCAUCCACUGCAUCCAUGCGACAGUCGAAGACGACGCGUGGCGGCUUCGAGUUGGGCGUCAGCGCUGUCAAUAAUGCCAGCGGUGAUCUCUCCACGUCCAUUAACAAUUUGGAACAACUUCAUCUGAAGCACUACCAACCUGUCGAUGACAAUCGACUGCUGUUGCUCGACUACUACGAUUCGCAGCAUCGUCACAGCACAACACCGAUGCCCACAACGACAACCACAACCAUGACACAGCCCACAACGACAAUGACAACGAUGCCGCCAGUGACGCCGCUUUAUGUCCGCACAACAAUCCCAACGCCGACGCCCAUUGAGGUGUGGAAACAGGCAAAGGUGGCCAUACUGCCCCAAACCAAUGAGAAGGUAUAUGUCGUCACUCCACAACCACGCCAUCAACAUCAGCUGCAGCAUCAGCAUGGCGAACUAUCCGCAUCAGCAUCGGUGCCGGCGCCAGUUUAUCAAACGCCUGCACCCAGAUUUCCACGAGUGCGACCAACGCCAGCCUCGGCGACAGCAACUAGUGAACUAGUGACGGCUGCCACGCCCACUCCGGCAACGGAACAGCUGCGCCACUAUACGCCGGACAUAUUUGGUCUGAUGGGUCUCUCGGCUUUUGUGCCUGCCGAGCCUGUGGAAAUCAUUGAUGGCAAUUCCAAAGUAAAUCGCAACGCAGCCACAACCGGUCGCAUCGAUAUGUAA